CACAGUAGACAGUUGUAAAGUUUGUGCUUGCCUUGAAAAAUCAAUUUCCGUUAUUAUCCAUCAUCAUACUAUUCCACUUCCAAGCCCCCGAACCUUCCAGCCGACAAGCUUCACUCCCCAAAACCCAAUUCACCCCCACAUUCAAUCCUUUCUCUACUCUCUUCGUAUCAAUCUCUACUCUCUCUUCGCAUCAAUCGUUCAAUGGCGAAAUCGCAAUCGAACCCACAAUCACACCCCAUUUCCUAGACCAGGCCGAUCAUGUUCUUAAACGAUUGGAUUCAGCGGAAGCUAGCCUCUCUGUUGCUUCCAUGGCUGCGAGGAGACCCGGAAUUGGAACUCAAACUAGGGUUUCUUCGCUCUCACGGAGUCGCCAAGAACCUCAGCUUCGACGCUUCGGUUCUCAAUCAGAAGCUAUUCGACGAGUCCGCUCGCUGGUCUUUCAAAGACGUUACAGUCCAACAGUUGAGCCUUCGAGUGGCGUACUGGUCUGUCCCCACUUUCAUUCUCGAAGUUCGCGGUGUUCAUGUCACUCUAUCACUAGGGAAAUUGAAGGAGGAGAGAGGUUCGAAAGCGAGGCGGAAAUCAACUGAUACGGCUUUGGAGGAUAGGAAGAAGGUUCUAGCUGUAAUUGAUCCCGAGGGUGUUUCUUUGCAUGAAGUUAUGCAAAAGUUAUCAGACAUCAAUCCCUCAAGAAAUCAGAAGGCUUCUCUCCUUAAUGUUAUACUUAAACGUUGUCAGUUGCAGAUGCAUGACAUUCAUCUGCUAGUUCAGUUUCCUGUCUCAAAUGAUUCCUUUGGAUGUUUGUGUGAGACUAAGGAGCUUAAUGCAAAAUCUCUGUAUGCUGAGGGUCGGUGUUUUCUGGGAGGGCUUAUCAGUUCACUUUUUGCUCCUUCGAAAGAGAGCUCUUUCAGUCUUGAUCUGAAAGGUUUUCAGAUUGGGCUGAAGAGAAGAGAUCACAUCAGCUGUCCUAUACUUUUAUUGGAUCUGUUCACUCGCCUCAAAUUGAAAGAUCUUCAGCUUAUGGACUUCAAUCUUAAUGUUCCAGAAUUAAGUUUUUCAAUUUCUCCGGUAGAGCUUCCUAUUAUUUUAGUGUUUUAUACACUCUCAUCCUAUGAAUCCAAUUCUGUUAGAAAUGGUAGUCACCUAUGGAACAUAGCUGCAAGCAGAAUCAGUUCUCUGAUUUCUACUCGUAGAUGGUCAUUGUAUAAAUUGGUUGGUAUUGUGUGUUUGUGGUUACAGUAUGUCAAUGCUUAUGAGAAUCUACUUUUAUUAGUUGGAUAUCCUGUGGACGACAUUAUGAAAAGAUCUUCUGUUAAGAUGUCUGAGGAUGACAUAUUUUCAAUAGCUGUUAAAAAACAAUGGAGGAGUGUUUCUGAAAUUGAAAAGAAGGUGCCUGCUGAGGCUAUUGCACGGGCACGGCGAAUAGCUCGUUACAGAGCAGUAUUAAGUAUUCAACAGACGAAGAAUUGUUCUAAUAAAUUGCUAGUCACCAGUCGCUUCAAAUUCUUCAGUAGGGUCCUUAUACUCCUAAAACUUAUUUGGAGUGUUAUAUGCAGAACAUUCAACUCAUUAAUAAGCUUGCUUCUGCAUAUAUUUUUUGCUGAUCAUCCACAGAUUGAUGAACAGUUUGGAGUUGUUUCUGAAGAUUUUUGUGCACAAAGUUGCUUCAGUGUAAGCAUGGGAAUAAUUUCAAUUUUUAUCUCCCCAGUGAAUAAGGUUCAGUCUCUUGUUGGUGGGGAUCCAAUCUCAGAUGUUGGGAGCUCAUCCUCGGAUUUAUUUUCAUUUUGUGUUUCAAUUGAUGGGUUCGUCUUAAUGUACACAGAAAACAUUUUUGAACAGUGUUUUUCCAUUUCAUGUGGGCCUUUGAAGGUUACGUCCUCGUCUCCUACUGAAGAUGGCUCAAAGAAUAACAAUAGUUAUCUGAAAGGACACUUGAAAAAGACAGCUGAUGAUUCAAAGACCAUUCUUUUGGCUGAGCCUGCACAAAUGCUUUAUUGUCCAGAAAAUAGUACAACUGCUACUAGUAAUGAAACUGACGGGACAUCUGUCUCAUUUUUAUGGAAUUUUUUAGCUGAGAUGAGGUUAAAUUGGAAAAAAUAUUGCACAAAAUUUGAAGAAGGUGGGAUUCAGUAUUUGGAAAAUCCAUGGAUUAUUUGUGAGAUUAAAAGUUUUGUAACGGAUCAAAGCCUCAAGAAUUUGAAUUCUGGGUUUUGGAAAUGCAGUUUGAUGGUGGGAAAAUUGAACUUUGUUUUGGAUUAUCCAUCAAUACUAUCAACUGCUUUAGUUCUUAGACAGUUUCAAUAUGCUCUUGGCUGGACUCACAGCACUGGGAGAUCAAAGGUUCUUUUACCUACUCCACUAACAUGUGAGAUCCCACCAAAGAUCAGUUGGGAUGGUAGAUGCAAGUCAUAUGUUGGUGAAAUGGAGAAGACAAUGCUUAACAUGCUUCCAGAGAAACAUAUUCAAAUUGCAGUAUUCGUUGCUGGUCCUCUCAUCCGAAUAUCACUGAGGAAGGAGGGGUUCCAUGGUGAGUAUACAAAUGAAAGUCACAUUGCUAGGCAGGAAGAUCUUCACCUUGCACUUGAUGUCCACAACAUCGAACUUGCUGUUUGGCCAACUUUGAGAUCUGACCUUGUUUUGUCUAGUGAUUGGCAAGAAUUGGAUGAUGCAGAACUAGAAUGCCUCAGGUUGAAGGAACCUCGAAUUAUUAACAUUCCUAAGUCUGAUAAUGAAAUUUAUACAUGUCAAGGGAAAAUUUCACUCGGUACUUACCUAAAGGUUAAUGGUUUAAAAGCUUACCUUGAUGACUCAUCAGCAAAUCAACAGUACCACAUUAUUGUGCUAAAUCCAACAACUAUGAAGUUGUCAUCCAUGAGGGAGGAUGUUCAUUCAUUCAGCACAGCAAUUGUUGCAUUCUCAGCAGCUUUGCAUGGGAUGGCAAGAGGACUCACUGUCUUAUUAUGUUUGGGUGACUUGUUUGUUUUGCUAAAGGUGCUUGUUAGCUUAUUUUCUGCAGUGUCAUGUACUAUUUCUGGUUUUGAUUCACAUGGUGUUGUAAGCUUUCAAGAGUUAAUGAGGCAAGAGAUGACAUGUGCUGAUUCUGAGAAAGAGGCUCCACUGCUGACAACGACAAAAGGGACAUCCUUGAUCUUGACGAAAGCUCUUUUUGUUGUUAAUGGCAUGUUUGAGCUCAGGUCAAUAGAUAUAGUCAUCCAGAACUCCAGGAAAAGCUAUAAUAUGGAGAAUCAAGUCACAACCUUUGACACUGUAAGUAGCAAAAAGUUGGCCAUGCAUGGUCUGCCAGACUAUGGAAUUUUGCUUUCUGUUCAACAAACAUCUUUGGAGUUUUCUUGUGAAGAAGGGAAAGUGGAAGUUGUUGCUGAUAUCUGUGAAAUUAGGUCUGUUAUUUUCGGGGAGCAGAGUGAGAUUUGGAAAACCUCUGAUCAGUUUCAAUGUACGAAUCUGCUGCAUUCUCUGAGUUGCCUGUAUGAAGUAUCUCUUCCCCAUUGUGCAUUUUCUUUACAGUUAGCUUUCCUUGAGAAAGUUUUACCUUCAGGAAGUGUGAGUGAUGCAGUUGAAGGUUCUACUUCUGUGGCUAAGAUUUCGCAUGUAGCGGAGGAUUCCCCUUCAGCAAUUGACACAGAAAGAUCAAAUAUUCAUCUCGGUCAGAAAUUGGGUUUUCCUCCAAGUGGGGUGGCAGCCACCUCUGGUCAUUGGUUAAUUAUGAGCAUUACAAUCAGUGAGAUUUAUAUGGCAGGAUUGUCAGUAAAGAAGAUUUUGAUUGGAGCUCAAAAAUCAAUUAAGCUUGUGUUCUCACUUUCUAUCGGGAGAGAAUUUCAGAUGAUUGCUUGCCGAUCGCAGGGUGGUUCUAUAUUUGUUGAAACAACAGCAUUGGCAAUGUUUGUUGAAUGUUAUUCUUCGUACCUUCGUUGCAUCGUAAAUCUUGUACAUGUUGUACAAUCGUCUAAAGAGCACAUGGCUACUGUAACUAGUGAAGAUAUGGCUGUACAGGAUGGUUAUCCCAGCCAAGGGAAACAAAAUACCAUUCAACAAAUGAUAUGGGAGGAGUUGGAAGCGCUUACCUUAGAUCUUUCUCAAUUUUCUCUUUUUCUUGUGGCCACAGAUGAAUCUGGUGCACUUAAAGAACUUCACUUUGAGGCUGAUUUUCAUUUGAACCUUGAAUUGGCAAAUACGAAUAAAAGAUUUUCAUUUGAUCUUUCCCGCUUGUCCAUUCUUUCACAAAUCCUUCAUGAAAUUGAGGGGCAGCAAACCAACAAAAUUCAGAUUCCUCAUUUUUCUUCAUCUUCUCACUCUGUACAUGGAGGUCCUACAGUAGCUUUUCAACAUACAGAUGGGAUUCAUUCAGUUCUUGAUGAUGCAAGUUGCUCAAGCCCUCGUGGCACCCGAAAGGAGUCUCCUGUGGAUAAUUCAGUGUCUGGAGUCCUGCAUUUAAGUCGCCAAAACUAUAUCUUGAAACAGUUAAGUGCAUCCAUUGCUGUUGAGAAGCCUGCACUGGGAGAGGGGGUCAGACCUCAGCUUUUAAAUCAGAUUUGGCUUGGUAGUGGUUCUAUUACAGGUUUUGAUAUGACAAUCUCUCUUCCUGAAAUACAGAUGCUUUUGUCAACUGUUGAAUCUUUGUCCGGGGUUUUCAGCAAGGAGACAUCUGGCAAUGUUGAACAAAGGCAAUGGUCCAGUAACCAAGAAUCUGAUAGAAGUUUGGAUGAAACAGUUCCUGAUGGAGCUCUUGUUGCAAUCCAAGAUGUCCAUCAGCACAUGUAUAUGUCAGUUGAAGGUGUAGAAAGCAAGUACAAUUUGGUUGGCACAAUUCAUUAUUCUCUUGUGGGAGAAAGGGCUCUUUUCAGGGUGAAGUAUCAGAAUCAAAAGAGAUGGAAGUCAUCAGUUUUGUGGUUUUCCUUAGUUUCAUUGUAUGCAAAGAGUGCUUCAGGGGAACCAUUGCGAUUGAAUUGUCGCCCAGGAUCUGGUUUUGUUGAUAUAUCCAGCACUAAUGAUGGUGGGCAGGCACUUUGGAGAUUAUCUUCUUGUAAAUCUUACAGUCAUGAUGGUGAUAUUGAGUCAGACUCCUACAAUUUUUUGGCUAGGAAUACAUUUUACCUUGUGAACAAGAAGAAUGACCAUGCCGUUGCUUUUAUUGACGGGGUUCCGGAGUUUGUCAGCAAGCCUGGAAAUCCUUUCAAGUGGAAAAUCUUCCAUGAUUUUUCUCUAGCUCGUGAUGUUUUGUUGCUAGAUAGGUACUCAGGGCAGGCUUCUAGAACCAGUCUGCGGCAUAAUUCACAGGGAAAUCUUCCCUGUAUAGAUAUUAGAGUUGACAAGGUCAUUUUGACCAUUGUUGAUGAACUUCCAGAUGCAGAGGAAACAUUCCCACUGCUCCAGGCAUGCAUCAGUACCGUUGAAUUCAUCGUACAAAUUCUAUUUGCUAAAGUCAGAGUUAUAAGCACAUUAAGUUUUGUGAUAUGCUACUUUGAUGCCCGAAGUAACUUAUGGGGAGAAUUCAUUCACCCAAUUGAAAUAUGUGUUUACUAUCGCUCUCGGUUCCAAAUUAAAAGUUCAGAAAUUGUUUUGCCUAGGGUGUCUGUUCAUUUUUAUGCUAGAUUGAAAGAGUUCGGGAUAUCAGUAACUGAGCUUUCGUUGGACAUACUUCUCUUUGUGAUUGGAAAGUUGAAUUUGGCAGGUCCCUAUGCAAUAAAAACCUCCUCGAUUUUGGCAAACUGCUGCAAGGUGGAAAACCAGUCUGGCUUGAAUCUUCUUUGUCACUUUUAUGAUAAUCAAGAUGCAUCAAUAGCCAGCAGACAGUCCAGUACCAUUGUGUUAAGGCACUUAGGUCUUGUGAAUCAACCUCCAGAAGCAUCAUAUGUUUCAAUCCAACUUGCUGAGCGAGGAGCAGCUUAUUUGACUUCUGCCAUCCAUCUUACUCUCUUAGAAGCUAGAUCACUUGCUUGGAGAACACGUGUAGUGUCAGUACGAGAUUCAAAAACCUAUCCUGGGCCAUUUCUUGUGGUUGACAUCUCAGGAAAAAGUGAGGAUGGUUUUUCAAUUGUGGUUUCUCCUUUAUUGAGAAUACACAAUGAAACUAAAUUUUCUAUGGAGGUGUGUAUUCGACGGCCUCAACAAGAUGCAGACUCUGCAUCUGUGGUGCUCAAGACAGGGGAUACAAUUGAUGAUUCUGUGGCAGCUUUUGACGCUAUAAAUUUGUCUGGUGGAAUAAAGAAGGCAUUGAUGUCUUUGAGUGUUGGGAACUUCUCAUUGUCUUUUAGACCCGAAAUUACAGAUGACAUGAUGAAUCCUAAGAAAUCACUUUUAGUGGAGUGGUCAGAUGAUCUUAAAGGUGUAAAGGCUGUUCGUAUCGCUGGAGUAUUUGAUAAAUUAAGUUACAAAGUUCGGAAAGCUUUUUCUGUUGAACCAGUGAAAUAUUCAUUCAGUACCACACAUUGUUCCCUCAAAUAUGAAGAUGGACGAGUUGCUGAUUUACAUUUCCUAAUUCAUAGCAUUGUAAGAGAUGUACCUGUUAUAAAACCAGAUAAGGAUUCACCUGUUGCGUUACAGGAGCAGAGGGAAAUCUUUCUUCUUCCUACUGUUAGGGUCUUCAAUUUGUUGCAGGCAGAUAUUCAUGUGCUUUUAACUGAUAUGGAUCCAUCUGCUGCUAUUGGUUGUGAAAACAUUGGAAACCAGGCAACUAUUCCUUGUGGGUCAACUGUUGAUUUAUAUGCUAACCCUGCCACAAUAAACUUCAUUGUUACUAUAACUGCAUUUAAUUCAAGCUGUAAGCCAGUGAAUAGUGGUGAUUGGGUUAAGAAGUUACAGAAGCAAAAAAAUGAUGUUCAUUAUUUGGAUAUUGAUUUGGAUUUUGGUGGUGGAAAAUAUUUUGCUUCCUUGAGAUUGUCUCGUGGGCAUAGGGGCAUACUGGAGGUGGCUAUCUUUACGUCAUACACUCUGAAAAAUGACACCGAUUUUCCUUUGUUAUGCUUUCCACCCAAUCAGAAGCCUCUUUCGAGUAUAUUCAGGGAUGAGGCCGAAAAGCUUGGUUUCAAAAUUCCUCCAGAGCUUGGAUCAUUUUUGCCCCCAAAGUCAACUAAAUCGUGGUUCAUGAAAUACAACAAGGUGCGCCUGAAGUUGUUGGAAGAGAAAGCAUCUGAGGUGCUGUUGGACUUGGAUGCCUUUUCAGGACUUGCGGAGAUAGGCCUGGAAGUAGAGGAACAAUCUGGAUUCAAACACGUUGCAAAGUUGGGGGUAUCUUUGGGACCAGUUUUGAGUGAAGUAAAUGUAUCAUCACAAAUAAUAUCUAUGGUCCCACGAUAUGUUGUAUUCAAUGAAUCAGAGGAAGCUAUUGUUGUCCGACAAUGUUAUUUGGAGGAUGACAUGGAAGGGAUUGCUAUCAACAGUAAACAGAAAAUAGCAUUAAAGUUGCGGAGAGGAACUAAUAGGGGGGAAAUUAGUGUUUUUGAGAAAUUUGUCCAAAAGCACAGGAAUGUUCAUGAUGAUUCAUUGGCAUUCAUUCAGUUUCAACCAAGUAAGGUUGGAAUGGGCUGGUCGGGGCCAGUAUGUGUGGCUUCACUUGGGCGUUUUUUUCUGAAAUUCAGAAGAUCCUCAGAUUUUUCUGCACAACAAUCUAAUCAAGUAACUGCACAUGGCAACAAUCCAACGGAAUUUGCAUCUGUUCAUGUGGUGGAAGAAAGUUCUACUCUUGUUAUGCAUUUCCACAAGCCACCAAAUGUCAAUCUGCCAUACCGGAUUGAGAAUAGCUUGCACCAAACAUUCAUCAUCUACUAUCAAAAGGGUUCAGUGGAGCAUGAAAAUCUAGGUUCUGGGAGUAGUGUUGAUUAUGUCUGGGAUGACUUGACUCUUCCUCGUAGACUGGUUGUCCAAAUUAAUGGUAUAAAUCUGUUACGUGAAAUUAACAUGGAUAAAGUGCGAGCAUGGAAACCAUUUUAUAGAGUCAGCCAACACAGGGGUUUGGGGUUUCGUUUGCCUUCGGAUAAAAACCCAGGAGACCAGAAAAAAAGUAGUUUUGGUGAAUCAAUUGGCUUGCAGUUGGUGAAUGUGGGAUAUGAAGUUUGUGCAGAUGGCCCCACACGAGUGUUGCGGUUUUGUGAGUUUUGUGAUAGUCACAAACAAGAUACACUGUUCCAUUCAAGUAAAAAGAUACGAUUGAAAAUCUCCUCUUUUGCACUCAACUUACUUGAACAUGCCAAGCAGGAUGUGGAUAUGAGUGAGGCAUCAGUUUACACACCAAUCAUAGUUGCCAGGCUUCAAAACAUCAAUCUAGAUUGUAUGCUUACUGAUAAACAGAAUUACAACGAGAUCAGGGUGCAGUCACUCAGUGUGGAUGAGAAGUGGGUUGGAGCUCCUUUCGCAGCAAUGCUUCGUAGACAUCAACCAGACUAUAGCAAUGCAACUGAUAAUAUACUCCAUGUAGUUGUUGUUCUACUUUCAUCCAGUUCCAAUGUCAAACAAAUUAAAUACUCCUCAAUUGUUCUUCAGCCACUUGAUUUGAAUCUUGAUGAGGAGACGCUAAUGAAGCUUGUUCCAUUUUGGAGAACAUCCCUCAGUGAUUCAAAUAGUCAACAGUACUAUUUUGAUCAUUUUGAGAUUCACCCAAUAAAGAUCAUAGCAAGCUUUCUUCCAGGGGAUUCGUAUUCCAGUUAUAGUUCAACGCAGGAAACAUUGAGGUCUUUGCUGCAUAGUGUGAUAAAGAUCCCUGCCAUAAAAAGUACGACUGUAGAGCUCAAUGGGGUCUUGGUUACUCAUGCUUUGAUUACCACACGGGAAUUGUUUAUCAAAUGUGCACAACAUUAUUCGUGGUAUGCCAUGAGGGCCAUCUAUAUUGCAAAAGGAAGCCCAUUGCUUCCGCCAGCUUUUGCUUCUAUUUUUGAUGACAUGGCGUCAUCCUCUCUUGAUGUCUUUUUUGAUCCUUCCAGUGGCCUGAUCAAUAUUCCAGGGCUCACUAUAGGUACAUUCAAACUCAUCAGCAAAUGUAUUGAUGGUAAAGGAUUUUCUGGGACAAAACGCUAUCUUGGUGAUUUGGGAAGAACUAUGAAAACAGCUGGGUCAAAUAUGCUGUUUGCUGCAGUCACUGAAGUAUCAGACUCGGUGCUGAAGGGUGCAGAAGCAAGUGGUUUUAAUGGAAUGGUGACUGGUUUCCACCAAGGAAUAUUGAAGUUGGCUAUGGAACCAUCAGUACUGGGUGCUGCUUUUAUGGAAGGUGGCCCAGAUCGAAAAAUUUUACUCGAUCAAAGUCCUGGGAUUGAUGAGCUAUAUAUUGAAGGGUACCUGCAAGCUAUGUUAGAUACAAUAUAUAAACAAGAAUAUCUGAGAGUCAGAGUUGUUGACAACCAGGUUUUGCUCAAAAGCCUGCCCCCAAACAGUUCCCUUAUAGAGGAGAUCAUGGACCGUGUGAAGCGCUUCCUUGUAAGCAAGGCAUUGUUGAAAGGAGAUUCUUCAACUUCUCAGCCUUUACGCCACCGUCGUGGAGAUAGUGAGUGGAAAGUUGGGCCGACAGUGCUGACUUUGUGUGAACACCUCUUUGUGAGUUUUGCUAUCCGAAUACUGAGAAAGCAAGUGGGUAAGUUUAUUGCAGGAAUGAAGUUGAAGAAAAAAGUUGUGGGCGAUGAUAAGAAAGCCAUUGUACCGGCAUCCACAUCACUAGGACAGAAGAUGAAGCUUUCCUGGAAGUGGGGAAUUGGCAAGUUUGUGUUUUCUGGUAUACUUGCUUACAUUGAUGGACGAUUAUGCCGCAAUAUUCCUCAUCCUGUAGCAAGAAGGAUUGUGAGUGGUUUUUUGUUAAGUUUUCUUGACGAAAAUAAAAAUGACGAUAAAUGAACGUAUACUAAGGUUUUUGGGUCUCUGAUUCUAGGACUGUAAGUAUGACACAGUCGUAUUAAGAUGUAUUAGUAUGGAAUUUUUGUAAAUAAAUUUUAUUUGUAUAGCAUUAUGCUUUCACAAAAUGUGAAUUGCAGCAGUGAAGGCUCAAGUGGAAAUUCUCUC